CGACAGUUUCCGCAGCAACGUUCGGAACUUGUUAUUUGUUGACUAACGUGCUCGGAGAGCUCUCUUCGUGCAUAAAACGAUUUUCCCGCGAGAGUAAAGGAAAACUCAACCUACAGCUUGCAGUUUGGCAAAACAAGAGAGUACCAAGCCCUUAAGAUAGGUAAAACCUGCAGCAACGUGCCAGUGCGAGAACGUUAUCCGUGCUUUGUGGUCUUAUCGCGAUAUCCUUUACGUCCGGCCUAUUCGUGUCAUGGGUAUGUGUAGUACCGUUUGAGGUCGUGCGCAUCCCUUCCAGAAAACCCACCCCUAGCUAAAGCCACCCUGUCGGGGCCUAACCGCAGUUAUGCACCAUCAUACAUCAUCGGCAGUGCGAUAGCGACGAUAUAUCCCGUCGAUAGUGGCUACUCACUUUCCAAAUGUGGCAGUCUCCCGCGUUGAGAAUGGAUUGCAAUUGUACACGAGUGCAAAUUUUCGUACAGUGAUAACGUAGGGAAAACGAUGACAUCAGUCCGAAAGUUGUAGGAACGGUUAGAUAGGAAUAUAUUUCCCUGGUUUCCUCCCGACAUCCUGCCAGCCCUUCCAGACUUUCCAGAACCAUCCAAAACUUUGCAACCCAAUAGGCAACAAAAACGCAUCUUCUCGGCCGAAAGCAGCAAAUCUUCAUUUCGAAAUAACCUCCUACUUACUGUUCAGCAACAUCCGUAUCUGCGUAUCGUGCGUUUGUUUCGAGAUCAGAGCGACCCUUUGUUUGAAGCUCUCAUACACUUGCGUACACGCACAUCUCUGCUGUAGAUUCCGCAGCCUCCUUUUUGCGUCCGAGGCAUCGAUUAUACGCUGUGGCGAAUAUUUGCAAGUGAAUUAUUACGACAGUUAGCAGCUUCUCUUAAAGGCUAGUAAAUUUAUCAGACUGAUUUAUGUGUGUGUGUGUGUGGUACGUGCUGUCUUCGAGCUAGAUAAGUGUUUGCGUGUUUGAGGAAGCAGGGUCUAUUCUAAUCGUUAAAAUAUCGAACGUGCUAGUUAAAUUGAAAAUAUACACCCCCAGAGCAAUAUCAAUAAAAGUCAAACAACAGUAAUCCAUCAAAGUACCCUCACGCCUAGCGUGAGCACGGUAAGGCAGACGGUGAAAAAGUGAAUAUUUUUCAAAUAUUUGCCAAACGCACCGAGCAAGCAAUCGUUCCAGUGUGAAGUAGAGUGUAGCGUUGCUUGUCUGGUAGAUGUCCUGCGAGAGAAUCCGACUCCGGCUGUGAGAUCGUACGAGUGAGUGAGCAAGUGUGGUCUGCGGGUGUGUUCUGUGCCGUUUGCCGUUGGGUGAUCGAGCUGGUGUGAAAGAAGGAAACUGAGUGCUAGGGCGUUGGUACGGUGGUCGAAGCGAGAAAAACGCUCCAGAGUGUGGAGGCAACUGAAGCGCGAACAGCAAAUAUAAUUCCAGCAGCAACAACUGCUUCUGUAGCAGCACGGGGAAAAGUGUUCAGCAAUAAUAACAACGUUUGCUGCUCUCCGUAUCCCGGCAAUUUGGCUCGUGUUGCGAGAGGAAAAUCUGCAACAUCUGCUAUUUCUCUCCCUUGGACGCCCGCUCCAUUGAAGUGUUGUGGUGUCACGAGGAAAAAUCUGCGAAGAGCGGUGGCAAAAGCACACACAUACACACUCAGAAGUAGGCCGAGAGCGUGGAAAACAGGAGCUAAAGAGUAGUAGACGUGUGGAGCGGCGAAAAUGUCGACAAACGAUGCUAACUUUAUGCUGUUUUCAAACAUCAACGACUGCUCGUACGUUUCUUGCUACUGCGAGGAGAAUGUCUGGAAGCUGUGUGAACAAGUGAAGAAAACGUAUCCCUCGGAACUUCCGAAAUGUUAUGCUGUUUUUGUGUCCAACGAACGGCGCACUGUACCCUUAUGGAGACAGAAAGCAGGUCGAGGCGAUGAAAAGCUGGUGAUAUGGGACUACCAUGUGUUUUUCAUGCACAAUCCGUCACCGAACCGGUGUCUGGUGUUUGAUCUAGACACAACGUUACCGUUCCCGACCUACUUUCACAAAUAUGUUACUGAAACGUUCCGAUCGGAUUAUGCCUUAACGCCAGAGCAUCACCGUUUUUUCAGAGUGAUUCCGGCAGAAAAAUACUUGGCUGAGUUUUCCUCGGAUCGACGGCAUAUGCGUAGACCAGAUGGAUCCUGGAUUAAACCACCGCCGUCCUACCCGCCAAUACAGACAAGCGCGAGCACCCACAGCUUAGACGAUUUCAUCUGCAUGAAGCCUGGAAAGGGGCCGGGUGCGGUUUACGAUUUGUUACAUUUUGUACAACAAUUCUAUAAACCGCCGGAUCGGAACAUUGGUACCAAAACGCAAAAUUAAAAUCACAUUACGGCAAGCACAACGGGUCGCAGCGAAAGAAUGUUCAGCAAUGCCGGUGGCAAUAGCUAGCAAGAACUAAUUAGCAACUGUAAGCGGUAAUCACAGGAUUCUACGUUUCGACCGGGUAUUGUGUGGUGCAGGGGCGAGCAGAUACGGUACCUUAUCAAAACGCAACACCAGAAUACGCACCGUGCCAUUGAAGAAACAGCAUGAAGAAAUAUGUACGUUUGAUGGAGAAUUAGUGAGUUUGGCAUGUUUUUUUAUGCUGAAAUCAAAUUGUUGUGGCCAGUAAUUGCAAGCUGGAACAGAUCAAACAAAAACUACUCUUAUAAAGCAGUGCAACCAAUAGCUAUUAAGAACAACAUGUCAGUAUGUGGAAGCUGAGUAACAAUGAGAAGGUGUCUCAAAAGCCAAGUAUUCACUUCUCGCUUUUAAUAAUGCAAUAGAAAGGGGUAAUCUUGGUGAUGAGUUUUCAAUUCAAAUCAAAGCAUAAGCGGCAUGAUAAAAACGCCUACAACUAAAUACACAAGUAAUAAUUGCUUAAAAAACUAGAAAAAAGAGGGUUUUACCAGUUAUGUUUUCAUUUUGACUAGAGUUUGUUUGUGUGACUGCUUUUAUGUAACAAUUGUUUACUAAUAUGUCGAAAUGUACUAAGAGACCUAAGAAUUAACCACACAUAUGUUAGUAUUAUAUUGGAAACAAAAUUAUUACCAAACAUAAAUCAACCUACUGAGCACUAAACUAUGAGUUACAGUUUGUAAAAUUCAUUGUUAUCUAACGCACAUAAAAUAAGCAUUCAAACAUGGAUCUACAGAUUCCUAAAACUCUUAAAAAAUCAAAACAUUCUUCUCAUAAAAGUAACACCCAUGCCACAUAAUUUAGAAAUACUAAAUAAUAUCGACAGCAUAACAUAACACACAUUUUAAAAGUACAGAAGAAAAGAAAACUACAAUUUUCCAAUCAUUUUACAUCUAUUCAGGCAAUAAUGCAGCAUCAUGCGCUCAUGAAUAUAUUUUCAAAAUGAAUCAAAAGGAGCGUGGUUGCGCUACCUAAUGAACGAAACAGUGUAAUGAAUUCAAACUAGUUGGGAAGUUGAAAAGAGCAACUGAUAGUUAUCUGUGGAAAUAUAUCUUCUACUCUACAAUGUGAUAUUAGUUAAUUAAUAACAAGCAUUAUAACAACCACGCAAAAGCCACAACCAAUGUAUCCGAAUGCAGUUUAACGAAUGGAAGAGUAAAUGAAGGAAAUUCAGUAAUGAUAUCAUGCAACAAAGUGAAAUGAAAAUCAGCAUACGAAUAGCAUAUUUCGUUAAUCUUUUUAACAACAGUAUGGCUUAUUGCCGAUUUAUCUUUUAUUGAUGCACAUUAACUGUUCCCCCUUUUAACUGUUCCCAGUAUAUGAGACCUAUGUUAACUAUCGUUACCACCCUUCAUAUUUCAUAUUUUUUGUUUCAUUUAUACAGAUCGUAGUUGAUGUAUAAUUAAUCAGCAAACGACAAUCUAUGUAUGUGUUACUAUUGAGUACGGACAGGUUUAAAAUGUUGAAGUGUCACACACAACAAAUAGGUUUUUUAUGUUAGUAUUCGUGUCAUAGUAGUAGCUUGUUCAAAAGAAUCAAUGUUUAAAUAGACUGUAAUACGUUAAACGUCAACAGACAUACAUAUAGGAACACAAUGUGUAGUUCAACAGUAAAUUUCCAUCAAUAUAGAUCGGUUUCAAUUCAUUUUAUUUACGUUCUACGAUAUUAGAUUUUGUAUUUUGCCUACUUAUAACGUUGGUUAUCGAAAUAUGCGUUAGUACGAAAAGCUCUUACAGGGAAAAUAGUUAAAAUAACAAAUGUUUUGAAUUUGAACUAAUGCAAAUUCAAUGAAUUAGAAGAAUUGUAAUUGGAUGCGAUUAGAUUGAGUUGUUUAUUCAUUGUACUAUCUAAGAUUAGUUAAACAUGAUAUUCAAAUAUUAAAUAGUGUUUUCACUUCUUAUGUACUGAAACAAGUAAGCUUUUAAAAGGGGUGUAUUGUUGCCGCCAUAACAAAAAAAGCCACCCACACACACACAUGUUUUGAAACUGUUUUACGAAUGUUGUUAAACUGCACGUAGCUUAUACAGAAAAAAUUACACUAUAAACAUCAUAUGAAGGGACACAUCAUAUUUUCUGAUCGUCUUCUUUUCAUACUAAAUAGAGUAAAAGAAAAAAGUUUCGUUACUACCGCCACGAGUACGAUAGCAUGCUACAACUUUUAACGCAGACGCCAAAUUACUUACAUGAACUAAUCUUUUGAUAGUCUUUUGCAAUUUUAUAAUCGCGUCAACAGUUGAACUGAAAGGUGAUGUUUCUGUACCUUAAAUUAAUUGAUGAAUGAAACACUAUCGAUGGAACUUUCCUCGUAAUCAACUUCGAUUAAUCGUUUAGAUCGUACAGCAAUUUUCUGUAUUUAUCUAUAAUGUAAUAAAUCACUAAACCAACUUCUAUCUCAAAGGCACCCGUAUUUGAAUCUAAAAAUAAAAAAAAAGCAUUCAUAUUAAACUACUCUGGAGGUGGUGGGAAAAAGCGCAUAAACGAGCAAUGACUAAUAGCUGCCACUGGAGGUGCGAUGCUUGUACGUGGCUGCAAUAUGCUUAACUAUAUAAAUGGAAUUAAUUAAUACCGGCACUUAUCAAACCAAUCCAAAAGUCCACUAAAAUUAAGAUAAUUGUUACCUUUUCCCCUUUUCCUCACUGUUUGUAGUUAGCGACAUGAAUAAUUAUGGACAUAUUUUAUGCUACGGAUAUACAACUGAAAUGUGAAAUCCAUUACGUUUACUAGUAGAACAAUAUAUUCACUCACUGUAAGCAGUUUAAUGAGUCUACUUCGUAUGAGCUGCAAUUAUUAAUACAAGAGAGUAAAAAAUUUAAGCAACAAAUCUUAAAAAAUCUGUAUCUAAACUAUAAUAUUUUGGCCAUAUAUUAUAUUUGAAAGAUAAUCAUCACUCGUUUUGACUUUUUACAUCAAUUGCAACAACUACAAUAGGUCGUGUAUAAACGUGAUCAUUAUUUGCGAAAAACAAUGAUCGUUUGGUUUGUGCUAUACUUAUCCCUAUAAAAUGUAUUAUUUAUUUCGUACAACUGUUAUUGUGUCUCCUACAAGUACCAUGAUUGAGAAUAUAGGUUUUAACUCAUUUAUGUAAUUACGAUACUUUAUUUUACUAAUUUAGUCUGUCCGUUUCACUAACGUAUCAUAAAACUUUACAUGCAUUUCUGCAUCGGUCAGGGAUGUGGUAAAAUGUUGAGACUAUCUUUUAAAAUGUAAAAUGUUGAGACGAAUAAAACGAACGUUAACAUUGUAGCAAACGGAGCUGUGCGCUGUUUGCACGGCGAAAAACUUUAAAAUAUUGAUUGCCUAAUUUUAAGAAAUGUAGCACUAGUGGACAAUUUUCCUUUGUAACCCUUACAAACACACGUGUGAUAAGCAUCGUCUAUGGUGUGGCUACGUUUCGAUAUCGCAUACUGACCACUGUAUUGACUAUUUUUAUUUUCAAACGAAUGUCAUUGUUGCAUGUUUUCCUCUAUAUAAUGAAUUUAUUUUCCUGUAGUACACUGUUACAUGAAAGGUUAUUUAGCAAUCAACUGUGCAAAAUGGGAUUCGUUUAAAACGGGUCGCUGAAUAAUUGUUACCAUUGUAUCAGCUCUUAGACCUUUACUAAAAACCAUUCAUUUGAUAGACUAGUGUAUCUCAGGCUUUUAACUUUGUUCAUAUACAUACGUGCGUACAUGCGUACUCAGUAAAGUGCAUAUAUAUAUUAUGCUUGAACUAAUUGAAAAGAAAUCUUUACAAAUCUGCUUCUCUUUCGCCGAUUUAUGCAAUUAUCCUACCGCUUGAAUCCAAUGUACAACCCUAUGUAAUGUCCUGUUUGCACGCAAUGGACCAAUCCAAUACUACUGAAAAGAAGAACAUGUUAAGCGCAUAGAUGAUGAAACUCACAAUUUAUCAACAACAAUUUUUAUGACAAAAAAAAAUCGCAACUGUAAACAUCACACUGGUUGCUCGUACAUAAUGCAACCACUUUCCCCUUUCCACACAUUUUAGUUCGGUUUUGAUGUGCGUGAUGAGCGUUUGAGAUAAAUUUAAAUAUGGUAUAUAGUAAUAAUAAUUAUAGUAUGAUGUGCGUAAACAACAUUUAGAAGGUGAUCGUGGCAUAUUAAUAAUAAUUGCAUUUCAUAGCUACAAAAUAACUCUAUUUUGCAAUAUAUAUACUAAAUCAAUGCAUAAUAUCCCUACUAAUGAUCAUCACUGACGCAUGCUAAACUAACAUAUUGAAUUCGAUCAAUUUUGAUGUGCACUGUAUCCCAGUAAGAAUAUAAACACCCCAGUACACAGGCAACUAAGCAAAUCUUGUAUCAUUUAUUAUAUACUUAUUGAAAAUAUGCGGAAAUGCAGAAAAGGUACGGAAACUAAUCGCUAGCAUGGAUGAAGACUGUGUAUUUUUGUACGAUUAUGCUUGUAGCUUUUUUGAAGUCACAAAUGUAAUACAUCGCGCCCGCGCAGACGCAAAUGGAGUUGAAGAGAUUGUGGUAAAUUUCCACUUUUUUCGUUGUCCAUGGUGCGAGAUCAAAUCUUAAAAGACACAAUACAAAGCAGAGCACAUACCAUACCAUACCAUCAAUGCGUACAGAUCGUUGUGCAACAUUGAAGCGAUUGUGUAUUCGAAAUUUGAAAAAAAUAAUAAUGAUUUAUUUAAUAUUAAUUGUUAUGGAAAGCAUUGAUUAUUACUUGUCCAAUGUUGUUAUGCCUGAACACUUGCCGAAAGAAAGUGGAGUGGAAGCUAUUAUAAAUCUUCUCGCCAGUGCAAAAGAAUGCAUUGUUAGUGAAAUGAAAAAUGAGAGUACUUACGAUGGAUUCCCUCACAAGAGACACAGAGAGAGAGAGAGAGAGAGAGAGAGAGAGAGAGAGAGAGAGAGAGAGAGAGAGAGCGCGGAAAGAAGGUGUGCUAGAACGUUAAGAAACGUGUUAGAAAACGUUAAGAAAGUGGAACAUUACGAACCGAAAGUACUACAGAAUGCAAAUCAUGUAACAGAAAUGAAUGAUGCUUCAAUAAAACAAUGAAUCACGCAAUCAUUUGAAGCGGAAACAAUGAGAA